AUGGAUGUAGCAAACAAGAGUAUAAUUAUUUGUGAACAUGAGCACGAAAUAACACAGCAUAUUCGAGUUAAAAGACAGCAACCAGGCGGAGGGGUUGGUAACUUUGCGGAUGCUGCAAAAAUGCCGCAGAUGAAGUCGCUGCGUUUAUUCCUGCAGUUCUUCAAGAACCUCUGGUCAAACGUGUACCUUGGAGGCAGCCACCCCCUCCAUCCGAACGUCCCCAAAACCUUCGUGGAGCUGUACCAAGAGAAGGUGGAGAAGGUGUUCUUCCCGCCCGCUGGCGGUGACCCCAAUAAAAGACCUGAAACGUAGA